AGCAUGGCCGCAUCCGCAUUCCGGAAGACGCCGUGAUCAUGCUUUAUUGCACCUCGCGAAAUGCGAAUGGGAGGAACCGAUUCUUGUCUCCCUCUUGGUUUCGAACUUUGGUAUCAUAUAUAAAAAUCACAACUUUGGCCGCUGCGCUUGCGGCUAAAAUCCUAUCUGCGCCCUCCAAUUCCGAUCCAUCCAUUCUCUUCCGGCCCGACCCUCCUCCCCUUUCGUCCUCCCUCGCGCAUUCUCCGGUCCAAGGAGCCACCUUGGCGAAUCUUUCCUCGGACCCAUCAAGCGAUUAGCGGAAAAGUCGAGGACUUUGCGGUCGCCGGCGGCGGGAUGGACCCGAACCAGCAGCCCCAGCAGCCGCCGCCGCCGUACCUGCCGCCGCAGCCGGGGCCGCCGUACAACCACCUGAUGCAGCAGCAGCAGCAGCAGCUGCAGAUGUUCUGGUUGUACCAGCGGCAGGAGAUCGAGCAGGUGAACGACUUCAAGAACCACCAGCUCCCGCUGGCCCGCAUCAAGAAGAUCAUGAAGGCCGACGAGGACGUCCGCAUGAUCUCCGCCGAGGCCCCCAUCCUCUUCGCCAAGGCCUGCGAGCUCUUCAUCCUCGAGCUCACCAUCCGAUCCUGGCUCCACGCCGAGGAGAACAAGCGCCGCACCCUCCAGAAGAACGACAUUGCCGCCGCCAUCACCCGGACCGACAUUUUCGAUUUCUUGGUCGACAUCGUGCCCCGCGACGAGAUCAAGGAGGAGGCCAUGGGCGGCGCCCUCGGCGCCCCCGUCGUGGGCCCCCCCGCCAGCGGCGUGCCCUACUACUACCCACCGAUGGGCCAGCCGGCCGCCCCGGGUGCGGUUUAUAUGCAGCAACAGCCGCCGCCUCCGCCUUCUCAGGCGUGGCAGAGCGUGUGGCAGAAUUCGGCCGCCGAUGAUGGCUCCUACGGCCAGGGCAAUCCUGAUGGGCAAGGUUGACGAAAGCUACUGGAAGAUGUUAAUAUGCUCCGCAGCUUUCUGGAAGGUGGAUGAGCUUUGCUGAUAUUUUUUAGGAUUACUUGUUGAACUGUGUACUGAUGCUCAUGACUAGUGGAUUUAAGCGUGCGACUCUGUUGACAAAAUAUGUGGAUGACUGACUCCGUGUAGUGACAAUAUUGAUGCUAUGACAUGCCUUACUGUUCCGCAUUUC